AUGGAAGGUCUGAACGUCAGAGCUUACACUUCUCGUUUUAACGAUUUGCAGAGGUUAGUUCCACGAAUGGUUACUCCUGAAUAUGUAAAGGUAGAGAGGUAUAUCUGGGGGCUGUCGCCACGAAUUCGCAGCAUGGUCACAUCCGCAAAACCCACCACCUACCUAGAGGCUUCUACAUUGGCAAAAUCGGUAGCAGACAACGCUGCACGCAAAAGUGGUCUUGAUAAGAAGGAGGAAACCGGGAAGUCAUCGGGCAAGGCCAAAGCAAACGCGAAAUCUGCAGGGCGUUCUGAGUCUAAGUUAGGAGAUUCGAAGAAGUGCAAGUCUGAUAGCUCGAGGAAGGAAACCGACGUGAAGCGCGAUAGGAAACGCAGUUCGAGGAAGGCGUACGUAGCCAGUUCUAGCUGCUCUAGAAAGGAUAAUGCCAGAGAUGGAAGAAGUGGUUCUGAGAGGAAGACUCACGAGGAUGAGCAGAAGAAAUGUGCCAGAUGCGGACGAAAUGGGCAUGUUACCCGUGAGUGCUAUGCUAAAAGUACUUUGGAAGGAGCGAAGCUUGAGGGAUACUUCCAGUGCGGGGAACAGGGACAUUUCAAGAAGGAUUGUCCUAAGGCGAAGGGUCAGAAUGCCAGGGGUAGAGCGUUCGUGUGA